CAUACAUGAUGAUGGACCCGACCCGCACACGCUCAGCUUCAAUUCUCCUGCCAUCACACACACACACACAUACAAACACGUACAGGUUCGCUCCGAAAUGCUCCUCCUCUCACCGCUCCGAUAUCCGGCGCUCUCAACACGUAGCCUGGCAUCACGAGCGCGUAACGUCAUAAACAACUCCAGCUCAUCACCAUCAACAUCAACGCUGCGAACUUACUCGUCCACCACGGACAACCUCAAAAAGGCCUUGUGGGACACUUUAGAGCAUCCGGGGAGAUUUGAAGGGACGACCGAUCCCGGGUUAAGGAUGUUGAUCUUUGGGAAACCUGGCUCGGGCAAAGGCACCCUCUCCGCCCGUCUGGUCCAAAAGUACGACCUCCAUUUCAUCUCGACCGGGGACGUUUUGCGUAAAGAGAUCAUGCAGGGGAGUGAGAUCGGGAGGGAGGCCGAGGAGGUUGUCAAAUCGGGAGGCCUCGUCUCUGACGAACUCAUGCUCAAGAUCAUUCAGAGCGAAUUGGACAAGCUGCACGGCAAGAGCUGGAUCCUAGAUGGCUUCCCCCGAACCCUGCGCCAAGCGGACCUGCUCGACUCGGCGCUCAACGCACAGGGCAGGCCGUUGAACAUGAUCAUCCACCUGAGGGUACCGGAUAGCGUGAUCUUGCAGCGGAUAUCAGCCCGCUGGGUCCACUUGCCCUCUGGGAGGACCUAUUCGACCGUAUUCAACGCACCCAAGGUCCCCGGGAUGGACGAUGUGACCGGAGAGCCGUUGACUCAGAGGCCGGAUGAUACGCCCGAAGUCUUCAACAAGCGUCUCUCGGCCUUUUACAAGUCGACCUCGCCGCUACUGACCUAUUUCCAAGACUACCACGGACCCGAGUAUCACGAGAUUGCCGGUUCGACGAGUGACGAGGUCCGAUUUGCCCGAUCGUUCAAUUAUAACGCGCCGGACGGGGAUAGUGACGAUCGUGCUGCCUCUUCCUCCUCGCAUGCUACCGAUCGACCAUCACAACGACAUGACAAUGACAAUCUCGACAACAAUAACGAAUCAUCAUCAUCGCCAUCUCGACCCCGAUCGCCGGACGACCCUGUCGACUCGGCGGACGCAUGCCCGGUCGUACCGGAAACGUCGGCCAACGCAUCAUCGACCAACGUCGAAAAGAUCUGGCCCCACCUCGAAGCCCUGGUGGACGAGUACCAAAGGUCCUUGCGACGUGGCGAGGGUGGGCGGAAGGCGUCCUCUCCGGAAGAGGUCGACGAGGUUCGACGGGAGGCGGACGAUCUCAGGGAUCCUGAUGAGCCCGUCGACGUCAAGAGGGCCGGGGUCGAGAGCGGCAAGGCUUGAAAGGAUGCCCGGGUGGCAGAGAGGGGCUGCGGGGUUUCUGGGUAACGAAUCAGCGAUUGUGAAGUCGGGUGUUGGGUGUUGUAAAUCGAACCAUCACGACCGUGAUCUUUAUCGGUCAGAUUAUCGAUCGCAUGGAGAGCGGAAAGAGAACACGCCCUGGCCUGACAUGCGAUCGGCGGUUUACGAGCUGGUGACGUCGUUAGGUGUCUUGUCAACCCCGAUUGAUAAUAUAGAUAAAGACAAGACGUAGAGACGGGGAAACAUGCUUGGAGUUUCGGACGGCCUUUUUUCCUUGCCGGAUAGGGUGCUUCUCUCAAUUCGGGUGAAACAAUCGAGUCUGUACGAUCUGUACAUUAUCAUAAAGACCGCAG